GUCUAGACUGCUACGCCGCCAUGAACAUUUUGCCCAAGAAGAGCUGGCACGUUCGGAACAAGGACAAUGUCGCCCGCGUUCGGCGUGACGAGGCCCAGGCCCGAGAGGAGGAGAAAGAGCGUGAGCGGAGGGUACUGCUCGCUCAACAAGAGGCCCGCACAGAAUUCCUACGGAAGAAAGCCAGACAUCAGAACUCACUACCGGAACUUGAAGCAGCAGAGGCAGGGGCCCCGAGUUCUGGCCCUGUGGACCUUUUUCGGGAGCUGCUGGAAGAAGGGAAAGGGGAGACCAGAGGCAACAAAGAGUAUGAAGAAGAAAAGCGACAGGAUAAAGAAAGGCAGGAGAAAGCUCUGGGCAUCCUGACGUACCUGGGCCAGAGUGCAGCGGAAGCCCAGACCCAGCCCCCUUGGUACCAGCUCCCCCCAGGGCGAGGGCCCUCCCCGCCUGGCCCAGGACCAGAUGUAAAGAUCAAGAACCGCCUGGACCCUCUGCAGGAGAUGCAGAAGCAUUUGGGGAAGAGAAAGCACAGUGGUGAUGAUGGUGGUCGCAGCAGAAAGGAAAAGGAAGGGUCUCACAAACAGCGGCCCAAUGAACCCCCAUCCCUGGACCAGCUUCGAGCUGAACGUCAUCAGCGGGAAGCUGCUGAGAGGGCGCGGGCGGAGGCCCUGCUGGCCCGGGUCCGAGGUGGGGCCCCCCAGGAGGAGCAGCCAGAAGAGGAGGCAGAUGACCGGCGGAGGCGUUACAACUCCCAGUUCAACCCCCAGCUGGCCCGGCGUCCCCGCCGGCAGGACACCCCUCUUACUACUGACUCCUGAGGGGUAGAGGAGAGGCUGCUGCCGCCAGCCGUCAUAUAAAACUAUUUAUUCAUAAAUAUUUUCCAAAAUGAAAA